GGUAAUGAAUAUUUAGCUUCUGACUGCACGUGCUUUGGCGUUCUCGCGUCGAACCUCGCCGCGUUUUAGACCCAGCAUGUCCCGACAUGCUGCUGCCUCGUCCGACCCACCAUGGAUGCCUUUGUGUCGCGGAAGAGGAGGCGCGUCGACACCGUUCACCCCGUCGUACAAGUUGAAUUGGCGGCGGAUCGACCAGAGGAGGAAUCGACCGACUUCAAAUUGGCUAUGCUAGCGUCCCUGCACCCAAGCAUCGAGGAAGGCACGUUGUUGGAAGCCCUGCUUGCUUCUGAAGGUAGUGUGGAGCACGCCUCGGAAGCUCUUUCGGCCAACCCCACUCCCAAGAAACGGCCGGCGUCUUCCAUCGGAUAUCAAUCGUCCUUGUCAUCUUACCGCGUUUCUCUGAACAGGACCGGGGCAACGAAAAAGCCGCUUGUGAAGAAAGGCAAAACCUUGUAUCUCUAUGCGCCGGAAGACAUCGAGGCCCACACACCAUGUUCCAUCAUCCACAAUUUCCUGCCACCUGAGCAAGCCGACGCACUGACGCGUGAACUGGUCGCAGAAUCCUCUUCCUACAACAAUAUUGAGUUCAAGUUGUUCGACAGAGUUGUCCAGAGUCCACACACUUUUUGUUUUUACGUCAAUAGUCUGGCCGAAGCCGAGGAGCAGAAGACAGAGUACACCUAUGAUGGACGCAAGGUCGAUGACGUGCGCCAAAGCACUCCAGAGAUGCUCCGAGCCUGCCCGCAGGUCGAAGACGCUGUCAACCAAGAGAUCCAGCGCCGCAUACGUGAUUCUUACCCAGAUGGGAAGAAGCUCAAGUACCAGACCCCGAAGCCCUGGAAGGCCAACACGGCGUUUGUCAACUGCUACGAUGGUCCCAAAGAGUGCGUUGGUUACCACUCUGACCAGCUUACCUAUCUCGGACCUCGCGCAGUAAUAGGUAGUCUGAGCCUGGGUGUUGCUCGUGAAUUUCGCGUUCGCAGGAUCUAUGCCGAGGACGAUCAGCAUCGCAAAGAAGACGGCUCGCUCGCAGAUGCUCAGGGUCAGAUUUCAAUCCAUCUGCCGCACAAUUCUCUUCUAGUCAUGCAUGCUGAGAUGCAAGAGGAGUGGAAGCACUCCAUCACUCCUGCCCAGGCCAUCGAUCCGCAUCCUCUUGCGAAGAACAAACGGCUCAACAUUACAUAUCGAUACUACAAGGAGAACUUGCACCCGAAGUACACACCCAAGUGCAAAUGCGGUGUGCCUACCGUACUCCGGUGUGUGACACGACAGAAGGAGAACCGAGGGAGGUAUAUGUGGAUGUGCCAUGUUUCUUACGUGCCAGGCAAAGAAGGAUGUUCAUUCUUCCAGUGGGCGGAGUUUGACGAGGAUGGAGAACCGCCUUGGACGAUCAAAUCCAGUUGCAAGAACCAGCAAACCUGACAAUCAAACGCGAUUGCAGGAAACGUUUCAUCUCAGGCCGCGACUGGAGCACUUCCGACCGACGCACAAGCUCCUAAGCGAGUACCAUCGCCUGACAACCGACCCCACACUGUUGUUAGACAUGCAUUCACCUGAGACGGCGAAAGGUGGUGUUGAGGUCAACGCCACACCCAGCCCCGCUGCAC